UGCAGAUCGGCUUGAAGUCUGCAGCAAUCUGGGUGCAGGCGGGGGAACCACACCAAGCACCGGGCUCUUCAAAGCUAUACAACAGGCGCUGCCACAAACACCACUCAUGGCGAUGAUUCGUCCCCGCAUCGGAGAUUUUCUCUACUCUCCGACAGAACUUGAGGUUAUGAUGGAAGACAUACGAAACUUCAAGGCAAACGAUGCUCAGGGGGUUGUUUUUGGCGUCCUCACAGCAGACGGAAAUGUUGACGUUGAUCGGACCAGAGCUCUUGUCGAAGAGGCAUCACCCCUGCAAGUAUGUUUUCACAGGGCGAUUGACAUGGUUAGCAAAGACAGUUCGGCAUGGCAAGACGUAUUUUCGAUCCCAGGGAUUACGAGAGUCUUGACAAGUGGCAUGGCUCCAAAGGUCACCGAGUCCCUAGAAUUUCUCAAGGACAUCCUCCAAAAAAGUCGAAGAUGCGCUGAAGAAUCGAACACACUAGCGAAAGUUAUCCUACCUGGAUCUGGAAUCAACGCCUUCAGUGUGCCGGCAUUGAUCGAGACGCUUCUGCCGCAUGGUCUUGGCGAGAUUCAUCUGAGUGGUGGGCAGUGGAUCGACAGCAAGGUGACAUAUCGACCCGUCGGAAUGGGUAUGGGAGGAGUGGUCGAGUGGGGUGUCUGGAUUACCGACGAGGCUGCGGUGCGCUCUGUUCGAGAGAUCGCGGACAAGCUUACAGAAGCCCAGGUCGAUUGAUGAAAGUCCUGUGCGCCACAGUUUCACAUUUCUAAGACACCGUUCC